UUAGUCUAACUGUGAGGAUCGCCGAGUUAACAGUUCGCUAGCUAUCUUCCUCGCACACGCACACAGCGGCGCGUGUGGCGACGCGCACGCACACAGGGACGGCACAGCUGCGAGCCGCCAGUACAACGUGACGUCGGAGCGAACACGUUUCGUUUCUCGUUAGUUCCGUUCCCGCCACAAUGCGCUCAUUAUCGGAAGUGUAAUUGACGUUUGACAUUUAUGAUCUGUGACUGUUUCUGUGUAUUUUUAUUGAGUGUUGUGUUGUGUUGCACGGAUUACGCGUAAAGGAAACGCACGACAACACCGCGCGACAUCAAAGAGCAUCAAACGACACGCCGCCCACGCCACCAAACAAGCACUAAUACAAUCAUAUAAACAAACAUGUAUUAUUUCCGCACAAACUGAAAGACUAACACAUGAGUGACGACACUAAAGAACAAGAAAUGCAAACUGUAGUAUCUUCAUACACCCCCCACCAGGAAGACAAUACACUCAUAGAUGUCCAGAACUUUACUAACGAUAACAAUUUCUACCAAUGUGCCGACGACAGGCUCAGUCCAAAUGAGAAGAUCAAUGUAGAAGAUGACAAAGAAGAUUUAGUUAUAGAUGAGUCUCGAGACGCCUCAGAUAUUAAUAUAGAAACCUGUGAAGCCAGAGAUGAGGAAAUUAAACCAACAGAAGAAAAGAAAGACGAGGUUUUCGAACCAUCAUGGCAUCCACACGUAUACGGGAAACCACCGAAAAAGCCGACGCCGCACACCAUAGAUUAUAUUUUAGGUCUUUCUAAUGUAGAUAAGAGUAGCGAAACUAAGAAGUCAACAGUGAGUCAGCUGAUGAAUGUUAAAAUAAAUUUCGAUGUCAAAAAGCCUUUUGGGUACCAAGAGAAGAGUGUGCAAGUUUCGGAAGUUGAUAGGAACUUAAUAAGUGUUCAUAAGAAUAAGCUGCAGGAACAGUUGCUGCAGAAGAGUGUGAGGACUAGUGACAGUGAGUUUGACAAAGUGGUGUAUUACAAGUGUGAGGAGCAGCCGCUUAACCUGAGCGUGCCAAAGUCGAAGGAUUCGCCCGGAUGGGGGGAUGAUGACCGACUUGCCAAAGAUCCAUCAAAACUGAUCAAGAGGAAGAAGUCAACGGAAGAUGUGCGCUCUCCCCUCGGUGGAGAAGGUUCUCUCACCAGCGAAGAGGGAGAGGAGCCAGGAGUCGGAAGACGGAAGAAAGCUAGGACCACCUUCACUGGGAGACAGAUCUUCGAGCUGGAGAAGCUGUUCGAGGUGAAGAAGUACCUGUCUUCGGGAGAGAGAGCUGACAUGGCGAAGUUGCUGAAUGUUACUGAAACACAGGUAAAAAUUUGGUUCCAAAACAGAAGAACGAAAUGGAAGAAGAAAGACAACGUGACGAACGCAGAAGUAGCAGAAAUGAAACAGCAGAACAAACCAGAAGACAAGAAAGAGCCUUCUCAAGAGGAUCCUCUAGCAUUAGACAUGUCCAGGAAAAACUGUAACAAAUUACUCAGUGAAAAGUUAAGAAACACUAAAGUAAGCCAAGUCCUGCCAAAACCGAGGAAAGUUGAGAAAGGAGUGACGUUAGAAACGAUUUGUGACUCGAAUGAUAUCGAGAGUCGCAUAUCGAUAACAAAAAUUACGAAUAAGUUAUCGAGUACGGAUCUAUCGGGGGACGGCAAGGUGUCCGUCAAGAGCUUCAACCCGGAGGAAGUCAAAGAGAUGAAGUUUGAUAGUCUGAGUAAUGUCGAGAUGUAAAGUAUUAGGUUAGAGUAAAACUUGAGAUCAGUGACUGCUCUCUCAGAUGCCAUUUGGAAUUUUAAAUCUUAGUUACGAUUUUUUAAUCUUUCUCGUCAAAUAAAAAUGAAUCAGGGUCAGCGAGAAAUAUGAAUGUAGAUAUUAGGUGUUGUCGAUUGGAGAGAGAAUUUUAAUAUGAUUAUUUGAAUACUAAAGUUGUCGUUUACAAUGUUAUCAAAAUUAUUAGAUGUGGUGACUGAUCUAUAAGUCUGAGGGCUCCAUCUCAUAGUUUCAAACUAUUACAAUCUAUUCCUAAAAUAAUGUUAAAAUUGUUCAAUUGUAAUUCUAAAAAGCCAUAGAAGAUAUUAUUAGAAAAUAUUUGUUGAGACUGCUGCGGGAAAUAUUAAAAGUUUUAAAGAACUUGGAGGUGCUCUACCGUGCACUCACUUCUAUAACAAUGUCUUGGAGCCCUAUCUGUAAAUAUUUUUGAGUUUGUGUGGGUAAUUAAUGAUUUUGUACAAGCUUACUUUGUGUCCGUAGUUUAGUACGAAUAACAUUUACGUUUCGGUUUGAUGUUCGCUAAUAACUUAGGAAACUUUAAAUAACGCCAUCUGUUGGACAAAUCUCAGAACUGUAUGUAUACGAGUGUUGUUAGGUUAAAUGGAAUAAGAAGGAAAAUUCAAAUGAAGUUCUAACUUUUUAAGUACAAAAUGUUCUGUGUUCUUAUGAACUUGGCAGCACGAUUUAGUUCUAGUUUUUAAGCUUUUUUGCAGUUUUUUUAUACAGUGAUUGUAAUAAACAACAUUAUGUGUUUAUUAGUUUUGUGCAAUAAUCGUACCUAUAGUAUUAGAUAUAAGUACUUAUUUUGGAAAAUUAAAAAAAUAGAGCUGAGUUUGAAGUACAUACGAUUUUACAUUGAUAUUGUAUGCAGUAUUUAUCGUUUAAGUAUGCCAUGCUAAUUUUACAUAAUAUUACUUACCAUAGAAACUCCUUCAGGCGAUAAAAUAGUACAAAAUAAAAUCAAUAAAUGCGACACCACGCUUUUAAAAAUAAUAUUAAUACAAAGUAGUUAUACCUAACGUAAACCACAAUUUUUAAGUUUAUAAAGUAACAGUUUCACACAUAGUCUUUCUUUAAACAAUAAAACAAGAAAUAAAUGAGAUAUUUAUGAUUUUAGAUAUUAUCUAAUGAAAGUUUCACUAAGGCGAUUAUCACACUGCCCCGCAUGAUGCAGCGUAGUGCGUGGAUGCGUUUUUUUCCGUUGCUUGUAAAUAUCUCAUUUUGUAUGGAAAACACGCAUAGUCCAACACACUGAAAAUGCAUCC